UGUAAGAAGCAUACAGCGUGCAUCCCCAAUCUUGUCUGACUGUGUUGCAGGCUUAAUAAACAGGAAGGUUAGAAAUCACCGGUUUAAUCCACAGCUAUCACUUGAAAAAUAGCUAGCUCAGCGCUGAAGUUCCCUCCCGUGCUAGGACUGGGGGAAAUGGAUAUGUUUUGUAGUGCUUAGAGGAUGCAGCCUGCCACAGGGUAAGUCGGAGGCGGCUGGUGCUGCUCCGCGGCCACGGCCUCCCCGGGAGCCGCUGCCUGACGCCCAGCCCGGCCGCCGAGGCUCGGCUCCCUCCACCAGGCAGCGCGGCACGCGUGACAGCCUGGCCGGCGUUUAGUGGUGUCAACUUAUUAAUUUCCAUCUUCGACUUCAGGCCUGUUAGUUUCCUGUCUGAAAGCAUUAUUACUUUUGUCCAUGUGGCAAAAUAAUUAGCAUACAGAUGAGCAGCGGCCGGGCGUCUGAGCGCCGGUGGAGGAAGAUGUGCAGUGCAGAGUUGAUUGGAUGAAUGCGGAACAAACGGUGAGCGUUCGGGAGCAUUGCAAGAGUUCUGGAGUCCUGGAGCAGGGUGCGGGAUUUUCUGGAGACGCUCACACGGAGGCCGAGGACAAGGUGCACGCAGCAGCCGUCUGGACACCUGUGCGAUCUGCGCCGAUGUCUGAGGAGUCGUCGAGUGUGAAAAUGAACCCAAGGGAGACUUGGUGAAGUCACAUCGAGGGGCAUCUCCAACCCUGACCUCCUGAGGAAGCAGAUCGGAUCCAAGGAGCACCCCGGGCGACCGGCUGCAGAGUGACGACACCUGCAAGGGGAAAUGUAGUUAUCGAGCCCAGUCAGCUGUUUGUGUCUCUGAAAUUAUCUACGACAUCUGGUCGAGAAAGGUUCUGGUCGGACCCACAGACAUAUGGCUGUCCAAGGAGCCACAUAAAGAUGGAGAAAUGGAGGCACAGGGAAAUUAAGUAACUUCGCCUCAGUCCCCAGCUGGGGAGGACCAGGAAGAGAACAUAGAGGGACCCUGACUCCGGGCCCGUGUCCUGCCCACGGAGCCACGCUGCCUCCCUUCCUAGGAGAGAAGACGCCCCACAAGAUGGAGGUGGACGCCGAGGAGAAGCGUCAUCGCACACGGUCCAAAGGGGUUCGAGUUCCCGCGGAACCAGCCGUACAAGAGCUCUUCAGCUGUCCCACACCUGGCUGUGAUGGCAGUGGUCACGUCAGUGGCAAAUACGCAAGACACAGAAGCGUAUAUGGCUGCCCCUUGGCUAAAAAAAGAAAAACACAGGAUAAGCAGCCCCAAGAACCUGCUCCCAAGCGGAAGCCGUUCGCCGUGAAAGCCGACAGCUCCUCGGUGGACGAGUGCUACGAGAGCGAGGGGUCGGAGGACGUGGACGAGGAGGAGGAGCUCUCGGAGGGCGAGGACGAGCGCAGGGAGGACGAGGAGGAGGAGGAGGGCGACCGGGAGGACGAGGAGGAGCUCGCGGAGGACGACGAGGACGACGAGGACGACGAGGACGACGAGGACGUGGAGGACGACGAGGACGACGAGGACGACGAGGACGACGACGAGGACGACCACGAGGACCACCCCAUGAGCUGCCACAACACUCGCAUAGCGCAGGACGCGGAGCAGGACGACAACAACGAGGAGUACGACAAUUACGACGAGCUGGUGGCCAAGUCCCUGCUGAACCUCGGCAAGAUCGCCGAGGACGCGGCCUACCGCGCCAGGACGGAGUCGGAGAUGAACAGCAGCACCUCCACCAGCCUGGAGGACGGCAGCGACCGGAACGAGACCCUGGGCCGGAAGAGCGAGCUGAGCCUGGACCUGGACAGCGACGUGGUCAGGGAGACCGUGGACUCGCUGAAGCUGCUGGCCCAGGGCCACGGGGUGGUGCUCUCGGAGAGCCUCGGCGACCGAGCGUACGCAGACUCCCUGUCGCAGCAGGAGGGCAGGAACAUGAACUAUAUGAUGCUGGGCAAGCCCGUCAACAACGGGCUCGUGGACAAGAUGGUGGAGGAGAGUGACGAGGAGGUGUGUCUGAGCAGCCUGGAGUGUCUCAGGAACCAGUGCUUCGACCUGGCGCGGAAGCUGAGCGAGACGAACCCGCAGGACCGGGCCCAGCCGCAGAACAUGAACGCCCGCCAGCACGUCCGGCAAGAGGACGACUUCGCGGGCAGGACGCCGGACAGGAACUACUCCGACAUGAUGAACCUGAUGCGGCUCGAGGAGCAGCUGAGCCCCAGGUCUAGAACUUUCUCCAGCUGUGCAAAGGAGGACGGGUACCACGAACGAGACGACGACACCACCUCCGUGAACUCAGACAGGUCCGAGGAGGUGUUUGACAUGACCAAGGGAAACCUGACCCUCUUGGAGAAGGCCAUCGCCUUGGAAACAGAGAGAGCGAAGGCCAUGAGGGACAAGAUGACAAUGGAGGCCGGAAGGCGGGACAGUGUGCGGCCGUACGAGGAGCAGUCGCCAAGACCGCUUCCCGGGGAAGACAGGAAGCCCAAGUCCGGGGACAGCCAUGUCAAAAAGCCAUACUAUGGUAAAGAUCCCUCGAGAGCAGAAAAGAAAGAGAGCAAGUGUCCCACCCCGGGGUGUGACGGAACCGGCCACGUAACCGGGCUGUACCCACAUCACCGCAGUCUGUCCGGAUGCCCGCACAAAGAUAGGGUCCCUCCGGAAAUUCUUGCCAUGCAUGAGAAUGUUCUCAAGUGCCCCACUCCGGGCUGCACGGGGCGAGGGCAUGUAAAUAGCAACAGGAACUCGCACAGAAGCCUCUCCGGAUGCCCCAUUGCUGCCGCAGAGAAACUGGCAAAGGCCCAGGAAAAACACCAGAGCUGUGACGUGUCCAAGUCCAACCAGGCCUCAGACCGAGUGCUAAGGCCCAUGUGCUUCGUCAAGCAGCUGGAGAUCCCUCACUACGGCUACAGGAACAGCGUGCCCACGGCCACGCCCCGCUCCAACCUCGCCAAAGAGCUGGAGAAAUAUUCCAAGACCUCGUUUGAGUACAACACUUACGACAGCCAUACUUACGGCAAGCGGGCCAUAGCUCCCAAGGUGCAAACCAGGGAUAUAUCCCCCAAAGGAUAUGAUGCAAAGCGCUACUGCAAGAACGCCAGCCCCAGCAGCAGCACCACCAGCAGCUACGCGCCCAGCAGCAGCAGCAACAUGAGCUGCGGGGGCGGCAGCAGCGCCAGCAGCACGUGCAGUAAGAGCAGCUUCGACUUCGCCCACGACAUGGAGGCCGCGCACAUGGCGGCCACGGCCAUCCUCAACCUGUCCACGCGCUGCCGCGAGAUGCCGCAGAACCUGUCCACCAAGCCGCAGGACCUGUGCACCGCGCGGAACCCUGACAUGGAGGUGGACGAGAAUGGGACUCUGGACCUCAGCAUGAACAAGCCGCGGCCACGGGAGAGCUGCUGCCCGGUCCUGACGCCCCUGGAGCCCAUGUCCCCCCAACAGCAGGCGGUGAUGGGCAGCCGGUGCUUCCAGCUGGGAGAGGACGAGUGCUGGGAGCUGCCUGUGGACUACACCAAGAUGAAGCCGCGCAGGACGGACGGCGGCGACACUACCGAGGUCCCCCCAGAAGACUUGGACCCGUUCCAGGAGGCUCUGGAGGAGAGAAGGUACCCGGGAGAGGUGACCAUCCCCAGCCCCAAGCCCAAGUACCCCCAGUGCAAGGACAGCAAGAAGGACUUGAUCACUCUGUCAGGCUGUCCCCUCGCCGACAGAAGUAUCCGGAGCAUGCUGGCCACCAGCUCUCAAGAACUCAAGUGCCCCACCCCUGGCUGCGAUGGCUCCGGGCACAUCACCGGGAACUACGCCUCCCACCGGAGUCUUUCAGGUUGCCCGAGAGCAAAGAAAAGUGGCAUCAGGAUAGCACAGAGCAAGGAAGACAAAGAGGACCAGGAGCCCAUCAGGUGUCCCGUUCCCGGGUGUGACGGCCAGGGCCACAUAACCGGGAAGUACGCCUCCCAUCGCAGCGCGUCGGGGUGCCCCUUGGCGGCCAAGAGACAGAAGGACGGAUACCUCAAUGGCUCGCAGUUCUCCUGGAAGUCGGUCAAGACGGAGGGCAUGUCCUGCCCCACGCCGGGCUGUGACGGGUCAGGGCACGUCAGCGGUAGCUUCCUCACCCACCGGAGCUUGUCGGGAUGCCCACGAGCCACAUCGGCCAUGAAGAAGGCGAAGCUGUCGGGAGAGCAGAUGCUGACCAUCCGACAGCGGGCCAGCAACGGCAUAGAGAAUGACGAAGAGAUCAAGCAGCUGGACGAAGAGAUCAAGGAGCUGAACGAGUCCAACUCCCAGAUGGAGGCCGACAUGAUCAAACUGAGAACUCAGGUAACAAUCACCACGAUGGAGAGCAGCCUGAAGACCAUCGAGGAGGAGAACAAAGUGAUCGAGCAGCAGAACGAGUCUCUUCUCCACGAGCUGGCCAACCUGAGCCAGUCCUUAAUUCAUAGUCUAGCUAAUAUCCAGCUGCCACACAUGGAUCCAAUCAAUGAACAAAACUUUGAUGCGUACGUGACUACUUUGACGGACAUGUAUACAAAUCAAGACCGUUAUCAGAGCCCAGAAAAUAAAGCCCUUCUGGAAAACAUAAAGCACGCUGUCCGAGGAAUCCAGGUGUGACCGUCUGCGAGAGGCGGGGUCUCGCUUGCACGGGGCCCCGGGCUCCGCGCUGCCAGACGCACCGCGAGUGUCAGAUUCUCAUUUCUGUUCGAAACAGUGUCAUGCUUACGAGACUUCAUGAUGAUUUUCUGUCUUGCUUUAAAGAUAGUUCCCCGCAGAAUAGUUUUUGGAUACAUUCCCAUUUUGUACGUUUUCAUAUGCGCUGACGUAGUGUGACGUUUCUAGCUGCUAAUCUCUGCACACCUGGGGGCUGUGUGUUUCUGAAGAGGUGAGCCCAUCACAAUAAAUAGAGUGUCAAUUCUUUUUAAUGCUUUAGUGAUUCAAUGUUUUAGUAUUUUGAACUGAAAUGGACAAAAACAAACAAAAAAACCCACAGCUUUGAAUGAUCAUGUGGUGGCCUUGCAGCCACUGCGGAAACAUCCUCAUCUUGCCUCAUGUUGGAGGAUUUUAUGGAAUUAAGAAAUACAUUUUGUGUGCAUAUUGUUUCAUAGCAAGAAUCGGUUGCAAAAAAAAAUGCUUUAUUUUUGAACAAUGCUUGGAAAUAUUAUGUGAUUUUUUUUUUGUUGUUGUUCGUUUGUUUUAGGAGGAUGGUGUAUGGUGGGGGCACUAAGUGAGGUUUUUUCCGAGGAAGUGGUAUAUGGAUUCACUGUAAGAGAUGAGAUAAGUAAUUUAUUGUAAGACGACAUCAAGCCAUGGGAAUCUGGCAGAAGAUUCCAAGCAGCUGAAACAGCACUUUUAAGUUCACUGCUGAGCAUUAUGUGGUGGGACUCUGGGCACGUCCGCGCAGACAGGGGCUGGUGAGAGGUGGGCCGCGCGGAGAUGUCCGUUGCGGGGUCCGUAGACGUUGGAGCAGCCGUCCCCAUCUCCCCGAGCACGUGCUGCCCCUCAAACUGUCCGUCACGGCCAUGGCGUGUGUCCCACAGAACCUGUGUGCUCUCCUUUAUGUUCAAAACUCAUUUAAGAGUGUUUAUGCUCCCCCCCCCCCGCCCCGCUUUUAAAAAUGAUCACUGUCAUCGUGGCUGUAAAUUUCUCUCCCCAUCUGGGUGAGGCCCACGGUGCGCCACUCCGUGACCACGGUACACGCCACUCCGUGAGCUACUGCACGCGCUUCCGCGGGGCUGGGGGGCUGAAGGCAGCGCAACGGGACCCCCGGGCCGAGGCUGGCCCGGCCCAUCCCCGGCAGUCCCCAGAGCCCGGCAGUCCAGUCCCCAGCAGAGCACGGCGCAGACGACCCUCCUGUUCCGCCUCCCCUGGAGACUGGGUGACCGCGUGGCAUAGCCUUGCUGUCUGAUCUGUCACGACCUACUCUAAGAAUGAAUGCAAUCAGAUUUUCAGAGUAAUUCUCUACACUUGAGCACUUUUUUGCUUUACACUAGGUCAUCUUAGACUCGCCUACACUUGGAGGUUCCAUUGUUUUCUUCCAGUGACUGCACUAUGUGUACGCGUCCGACCACUUCUGAUGGCCGCGUCCCUCACCCCUUCCGAGUAGUCCCUAGGACGACGUGUUGUGUUUUCUGGUGUUGACUUGAGUUACAUGUGACAGCAUCUCUUCCUUUCGUGUCUUGAUGUUAUGCAGGAAGUACAGAAGUACUUUAAAAUUUUGUUAUGAAAAAAAAAAAAGAUGGGUUUUGUAAAAAUUUAAAAAAAUAUUUUUAGCAGAACAGGACUUACAGGGUCAUUGUCCCCACAACGUGCCAGUCGACUAUUUGCACUUACCUUGUCCUCUAUAUCCGUACGGAGGUGUGCAAUUCCUGGGGUCAGCGGCCUCGCGAGGCUGGCCCCGACGGAGGAGGGAGCCCGCACGGCUGACCUGACGAUGUUGCUCCGGGAGAUUACAGGGAUCCCACAGCAAACUCUCUGAUACAAUCCUCGACCUCGGUGUACAUAUGUGUAUAAGUCAGCGUCCGUCCCGGCGGCACUUUAUGCGGCUCACUGUACAGACGCUUACCGUUUCCCACGAGGACUUGAAUCACGAGCUGGGACAACGAGGUCACCCCCGGGGCUCGGCAGCGGCGUCCCCGAGAGCGCCCCCUCCUGCGCCGCGACGCGUGGUAGCUGCCGUGCUCAGAAUUGCCUUUUCGAGAGCUGAAGCCAGGUGCUUCUUGUCCCCUGAUGCCCGGGACCCCGUGGGGGGCCUCCCGCAGGGGCCCGCCGGUCCCUUGGGCACGUAUGCAUUUCCCCCGCCGCGUCGUGUCUCAGCUUUUUGCCGAUAUAGUAAUGCUUUUAGUAGAGUGGUAGGUAGUGUCAGUUCCGGACUCUUCGCGUCACCACCGAUGUACAACGGAAAGGGGUUCUAAGCACAAGUCCGCUGCUCAUCUAACGUUGGUACAUACUCUCAAAUCAGAAGUUAUCUGUGACGACUAUAUAUAGGGUCACAAAGUGUCACAUAUUAGAAUGCUGACCUUUCACAUGGAAUUAUAGUGAGUCUCAGAGUCUAUUUAUUCUAACUUAUUGUUCAUGACCAUUUCUAAGUUAAUUUAAGUAAUCAUUUAUUAAGACAGAAUUUUGUAUAAAUAUUUAUUGUGCUCUCUGUGGAACUGAAGUUUCAUUUAUUUUUGUACGACACGGCAUGGGUUGUGGACACUUUGAUUUUGCUAUAAAUGUGUGGAAUCACGAGUCGCAGUGACACUUCAUUUUUAAAUUGUGAACUUUGUACAAAUUUUGUCAUGCUGGAUGUUAACACAUCUUACUCUAAAUAAAAACGGUGUUGCCACA